AUGGACCGCGACCAGUUUAGAGCCGCUGCGCACGCAACGGUAGAUGACAUUAUCAACUAUUUUGACAGUGUCCCCGACCGGCGUGUCUGCCCCACCGUCACUCCAGGCUACCUUCGUCCCCUCAUCCCCGAGCAACCCCCUACAGAACCGGAAGAAUGGUCGCAAAUCCAGGCCGAUGUCGACACCAAGAUCAAACCCGGUCUAACGCAUUGGCAACAUCCGAAUUUCAUGGCCUUCUACCCCGCGACGGUGACCUACCCGAGUAUUCUGGGUGAAAUGUACUCGGCCGCGUUCAACGCCCCCGCAUUCAACUGGCUGUGCUCCCCAGCCUGCACGGAAUUGGAAACAAUCGUCCUAGAUUGGGUGGCGCAGGCUUUGAACCUCCCUAAGUGCUUCAUGAGCUCGUCAGAGAACCGUGGUGGUGGUGUGCUCCAGGUUAGCGCCAGUGAUACUAUCGCCACUGUUAUGGUGGCUGCGCGGGAACGGCGGGUGCGCGAGCUGGCAUUAGCCGAGGGCUUGAAAGAGGGAACCCUUGAGUAUGAGGACCGAGUGAUGGAUCUCCGACCCAGAUUGGUUGCGAUGGGAAGCAACCAGGCGCACAGCAGCACUGCAAAGGGUGCAUUAAUUGCAGGCACGCGGUAUCGGAGCGCCACCGCUAAGUUGGAAAAUAACAUGGAGCUUACCGGAGACGAUGUGCGGGCUGUUCUUGAGCAAUGUGAGAAGGACAACCUGACCCCAUACUAUAUCACUCUUAGCAUGGGAACGACGAGCACGUGUGCUGUUGAUCGCAUUUCUGAAGUCACGGCCGUGCUCCGGGAGAAGCCUUCUUGGCAGCGCAUAUGGGUGCAUAUCGAUGCGGCCUAUGCCGGUUCGGCCUUGGUUGCAGAUGAGUUCCAGUAUCUCGCUAAGGAUCUUGCCGAAGGCGUCGACAGUUUCAAUUUCAACAUGCAUAAGUGGUUGCUAGUCAACUUUGAUGCAAGCUGUCUCUUCAUUCGCAACCGAUUCGACCUCACCGAUGCCCUGGACAUCACACCCGCGUACCUGCGCAACCCGUACUCCGAAUCCGGCCAGGUGAUCGACUACCGCAACUGGAGCAUUUCUCUCGGUCGCCGAUUCCGCGCGUUGAAGAUCUGGUUCGUCAUGCGUAGCUACGGCCUCAAUGGACUCAAGGCACACGUCCGUAAAACCAUCCGAGUAGGCGAUGAGUUUACAAACCUUGUGCGCAGUCGGUCCGAUCUUUUUGAACUCAUCACCAAGCCCGCAUUCGGCUUGACCGUUUUCCGCAUCAAGGACCCCAGAGCACAAGCCAAUGGGUCCGCAGUCAACAGAACGACUGCUGUGAAGCCUAAUGAAAAGAACGACGCCCUUACGAAGGAAGUGUACGAACUUAUCAACGAGCGCGGCGAGAUCUUCAUCACCUCCACCGUUGUCUCGGGUAUUUAUGCGAUCCGCGUGAUCUGCGCCAACGAGGCAGCGGAAGAGAAGUACCUCAGACGGGCGUUUGAGAUUCUCGUUGAGACUACGGAUGAGGUGCUAGGUCGGUCGAAUUGA